CGCGCCAGUAUUUCAAACAGAAUCUCUACUCGCUAUCUCUAGUUCAUCUUUGUCAAGAACAAAACCCUACGUAUGUACAUUUAAUAAUGCUGGCCAAGUGGCCAUGCAAUUUCCAAAGAGAGAAAGUGAAGGCAUUGGAGACAGCCUGAAAAUGUUCUUCUCAUGUGCAGUUUUGCACCACCCAUAUAAUUGGCCCCAUAUCUUAUCUUUUCUUUCUACAACUAAUAAUUAUUUCAACUUCUGUGUCUUUAAAACCAAUCCCACAAGGAGCCACAAUCUCUCAAGCCAAAGCAACCCUUGAGAGAGGCAAUGAGAAUCUAACUAAAGUUACCUUCUGCACUCAACAAGAAAACCUCAACUUUUCUUCUUCUGCUGCUGCAAGAUCUGCAUAUUUCCAGUCUAUUGAGUGUUGUACAAUCAGUGUCAACUAAGAUGACUUUGGGCGACUGCAAGGUUAAUCCAUUGGUUUGUAAUGGAGGCAUGAACAAGGACAAGCCCUUUAAAAUGUUUGUGGGUUAUGAUCAACGUGAAGACAUUGCAUAUGAGGUUUGUCGGCACUCAAUAUUGAAGAGAUCUUCAAUCCCAGUUGAGAUCAUACCACUUAAACAAUCUGAUCUGAGAAAGGAAGGCCUAUAUUGGCGUGAAAGAGGCCAACUGGAGAGCACAGAGUUUUCUUUUACUCGGUUCUUGACUCCAUAUUUGGCCAACUAUGAAGGUUGGGCAGUGUUUGUGGAUUGUGAUUUUCUUUACCUAGCUGACAUUAAGGAGCUAAGAGAUUUGGUUGAUGAGAAAUAUGCCGUCAUGUGUGUUCAACAUGAUUACACCCCAAAGGAGACAACAAAAAUGGAUGGAGCAUUGCAAACUGUGUACCCUAGGAAGAAUUGGUCUUCCAUGGUGUUGUACAAUUGUGAACAUCCCAAAAACCGGGUCUUGACGCCGGAGGUUGUGAACACACAAACCGGCGCUUUUCUUCAUAGGUUUCAGUGGCUCGAGGAUGAAGAAAUUGGGUCCAUCCCAUUUGUUUGGAAUUUUCUUGAGGGACAUAACCAAGUUGUUGAAGGUAAUCCCCGGACUUUCCCUAAGGCAAUACACUAUACUCGGGGAGGACCGUGGUUUGAGGCUUGGAAGAAUUGCGAGUUUGCAGACCUCUGGUUGAAUGAAAUGGAGACGUACCUGCAGGAAACGAAGAAGAAAGUCGAAAAUUAGGAGGUAGUGUACUACUGCUGCUGCUGCUGCUGCAUUUGAAGUUUGAGAUUCAUUGUUGGAGUUCAUUUUUUCGCUCUUUAUUUUAUGUUGACUAAAUGUGUAAAGGAGUCUGCAUGUGCUGUCCCCAAAACCCUAUCCCCUUUUAUUCCAUAUUUAGGGAGUGGGACAAGGGUUUUGUGUAAUGUAUAGUGGUUAUUAAUAGCUAGGUAUUGCAUUGUAGGCAUAUC